GAUAGGCCUAGGUCAAUUACGGAAUUUAAGAUUACAUUUAAUAAAAUAGGCCUAGGCUAGAGCGGAGAAUAUCUUUCAAUCAUUCCAUUUUCGUCAUGUUCGUAGUGGCUAUUAUUGACGUUUGACGGUCAUGACGGCAGCUGCAGUCUAAUGGCAAUGCGAUUUUGAACGGAAACAGGGCAACUCGUAGGGCGAACCAUCUCGUACACAGGACAACUCGUUCGCAGAUUGGUAAACUUUGAGCAUAGAGAGUCUCUAAGAAGUUCAACAUGGCGGCUACAUUCCUAGCUGCAACCAGGAUAGCCAUUGGUCGUCUGUUUAGGCCAGCCACUGCUGGUGGUGCUGGUGGAAUAGACAAUGGUAUUAGGAAGUUUAAUAGCGCUUUCAUGUGUCUGAGAACCGCCAAGCUGCCUACAUUGACAACGCACAGAACACUGACCACGGGACCCUGCAACACUACAGCACCUCACUGGUGGCUGGCAGCCGGUAACCAGACACCCAGACAGCAACUGUUACAGCAUCACCCGACGCCGUCACUGGUGCCGUGCUGCUUCAAGGCCCGCGGCAACACCUACCAGCCCAGCAACGUCAAACGCAAACGCAAGCACGGCUUCCACCAACGGAUGAGUAGCAAGUCGGGAAUCCAGCUGAUCUGGCGACGGCUUCUGAAAGGGAGACGAUUGCUGACGCACUGAUGAGGGUGCUAUCAAUCAUGUAAACAGUGCCCUCUAGAGACAUCAAUAUGCCAGUGCUCAUCUGUCAGCAAUUUUGGGCGAGGACCGUUAGUCGACUAGUGGUUGAUUUGUGACGUAACUUAUGCCUGCAUCGUGAUAGCAACGUUUGAACGCCUCUAGUCAAACCAAAGUGCGUUAUGGCUAAACGCUGGUCAAAACGUCACCAUGAAACUUCUUGGCCCUUACUUCCAGCUGUGCUUUGUGACAUACGCGACUAUUAUCAGUAACUAGCGACGGAACCAUGCCCGAGCUCCAGUUCCAAAUCGUCAACUAGGGCCAAGUUUGGCAAGGACCAUUAGUCGAAUAGUGGUUGAUUUGUGAUGUACCUUACGCCUGCGCACUGGUAGCAAUGUGCGAACGUCUCUAGUCAAACGCUGGUCAAAAUGUCAUCGCAAA